UUCUUCAAAACCAUGUCCUUCUUCCUCGUUGCCCUCGUUCCCGCGUAUCCCUCUUCUCGUUUCCCCGUUUCACUGAUGCCGUUUCCCUCUCCUCCUUGACUCGCCUGAGCUCCGACGACGACGGCAACGAUGGCGGAAUCCCCGCGGCUGCGGGAAGUGCUCGACUUCCUCAACGCCCGAGGCUUCUCCCUCGCCGCUGCAGCACUGAAAGACGACGUGAUCGCACUCGGAACCGACCUUGAUGUGUCCCGCCCUCCUCCGGUGCGAAUCACGCCGGAGAAUCGCGCUGCUAGCUCCACCUCCAGCUCCGGUGAUGCGUUUGUUAGCAUGGGUUCUUCUCCUUCGGAGUUUUUGAAUCCAUGUGCACUCUGGUCUCCAGUUCGAGCUGGAUCUGAGGAUUCAUCGGGUAGGUAUUCAGAAUUUCAAACUGCUCGUGAUUAUCAUAGUGUGAACCCCUUUAGUGAUACUCAUUGGUAUGAUGAUCCAUUUGAGUAUCACCUUAUUGAUUCACAAUUCUUGACCACAAACUCUGCUGGAUGGCAUGGUGAGGAUAAGUUUGUGAUGUCUAUUGAGGCCGAGGAGAAGUUCAGGAAGGAGAACGAUGUUUCUGUGCAUGAUAAGAAUGGUCAUGAUAAGGAUGUGAAGUGUGAGGGUUGCACUGAAGUUUAUAGCUACUCAUUCCCAAUUUGUGAUUGCUGUAGUGGACUGAAGAAAGCACAUGAUUUUGAGAGAACUGGAAACCCAGAUUCAACUGUGUAUGAGCGCUACUUGAUAAUGGAUGAUGAGACUGAAAGAUUAGAGGAAUGUGGGGUUACUGAGUAUCAGUUAAAGCGAGUAGAUGGUCCCCCUGAAACUGUUCACCUGGUUGAGAAUUCAGUUCAUGAUCCAAAACUGGAAGGAGAGAAGAAAAGUUUAGAACCAGGUAAUGACCCUACAUCUUACAGGAAGGAUAUCAUAAGCUCAAAGUAUGUUGUAGAAGGAUGUUUUACCAGUACACAUCAUGAGGUUUUGCAAAGCAAAGGCGUCGAUAUCCAAAAUGUAAAGGGGAAACCUCGCCAACCUGUUAGAAAUGAUGCCUUUGAUAUAAUUGACUAUGGAACAAUGAACGGAGAAAUGAAAGAUUCUGAAUCUGUUGAGGUUGGUGAUAAGGAUCAUGGUGUCAUCGAUGAGCUUCCCGCUUACAACUCUCUUGAGGAAGAAUAUGAAAUCUUUGACCUGAGAAUCGUGCAUCGCAAAAACAGAACUGGCUUUGAGGAAAAUAAAGAUCUGCCAAUCGUGCUAAAUUCUGUUAUAGGAGGGAGGUAUUAUGUCACUGAAUAUCUUGGUUCAGCUGCAUUCAGCAAGGUUGUUCAGGCACAUGACCUUCAGAUGGGUGUAGAUGUGUGCCUUAAAAUAAUAAAAAAUGAUAAGGAUUUCUUUGACCAGAGUUUGGAUGAGAUCAAGCUUCUCAAGUAUGUGAAUAAGAAUGAUCCUGCAGAUGAGCGUCACUUGUUGCGUUUGUAUGACUAUUUCUAUCACCAGGAACAUCUCUUUAUUGUUUGUGAGUUAUUACGAGCCAACCUUUAUGAGUUUCAGAAAUAUAACCAGGAUUCUGGUGAGGAUGUAUAUUUCACAUUGCCGAGAAUACAGGCUAUAGCACGCCAGUGUUUGGAGGCCCUGGAAUAUUUGCAUCAAUUGGGAAUAAUCCAUUGUGACUUGAAACCUGAGAACAUCCUUAUAAAGAGCUACAGUCGAUGUGAAAUUAAGGUCAUUGAUCUGGGAAGCAGUUGCUUUCUGACAGACAACUUAUGCUUGUAUGUACAAUCACGUUCUUAUCGGGCUCCUGAAGUCAUUCUUGGUCUUUCCUAUGACCAAAGGAUUGAUCUUUGGUCUCUUGGUUGUAUACUAGCCGAACUUUACUCUGGCGACGUUCUUUUCCCAAAUGAUUCAGUGGUGAUGAUGCUUGCCCGCAUGAUUGGGAUAGUUGGCCCAAUUGACAUGGAGAUGCUUAAGAUGGGAUUGGAAACACACAAAUACUUCACAGAUGACUAUGAUCUCUACUAUACAAAUGAGGAAACCGACCAGAUUGAAUAUUUGAUACCUGAAAAAUCAACUUUGGCUCGAGAACUGCAAGUAUCAGACAAGAUGUUUCUCGAUUUUCUCGAACACCUCCUUCAGAUAAACCCACAGAGAAGACCAACAGCAAAACAAGCACUACAACAUCCAUGGCUUUCCUUCUCAUAUCACUGAACUGAGCCAGCCAAUUUUCACCUGAGUUUGUUUCUUUUCGGGAUUUUUGACUGUUUGUUUACUACUUUUGUGUUCUUGAUUUUAUCUGUAUAUAUUCAUGUAUCAGUCUUGUAAAUGUACCAUGAGUGUCCUUUU